AUGAUGGCUUCCACCGAUUCUGCAACACGCAUUUGCUAUUCCACAACUCCAAAACGCGGUUUACUUGAUUACCUGCCUACCUACGAGAUCGGUAAUUCUUAUUGUGGUUUCGCAGAACCAUUCCAUAACACAUCGGUAAAAAAACAGCUCUCUCACGCCGGGCCCUUUUGCGCUUUUAGCAACUGUCCAAUAAAGAGGCUGAACUCAACAUGUCGUAAAGUCGGUGGCGGUGAUAUGUCCGGUCUGUGUCCACUCAACUGGUCGGCCUACUCGGACAAGAAAGUGACAAUUACCACAAAACGGUCGAAGCGGUCAAGCCUUGGCCGUGUUUUAAUUAACGCAAAGCGCAAGGGACUCGUUAAACACGACUUGAAGCGUCAACUCCGCACUGAAUUGCCUCGGCCAAAAGCGAGCGUUCAAACUAGCGUCAUUGAUUGCCUUGCCGAGGAAAAAGACGGGCUCAGUCUGGCCCCGAAUUAG